CUCUCCCUAAAAAAUUGACACAAAACUGUAUUUUGGGUUGGUUAUUAUUCCAUUUUAAGGAAGUUUUCUCUGUGAAACAUGGCUUCAUUGCACUUGCCUCUGGAUUUCUUUCUUUGCUAAGAACAUGCUGAUGCAUUUGAAGUUGAUUUUUCUGUCUUUGGUAUGAAACUGGAGUCGAUAUGUUUUGAAAUACUUUAUGUGUAAUAACUCAGGGAGAUAGUUUGGCCAAAUUUCUUACAAUUGUUAAUUGCUUCGUGGUCAAAUGUAAAUGCGAUGGUUCAUGCUAUGGCUGAAACAAAAUCGGGACCAUUGUCACCAAAGAAGCCGGUCAAAGAGAAAAUCGUGGCAAUCUACGAUGAUUUUUUUAAGGGAGAUGAUCCAUCUUGUGAAAGUCCAAAUUUCUGGCAUGAGUUUUUUCUCUUGAGGGUCAAUGCUGUUUACCUGGAACAGUGCAUUGACAAGCUCAGUGAAGAGAAACUUAUGGACGUAAAGGAGAACAUAAACCUUUUAUUUGCUCAGUGCUGUAUUGCAUUGCGAGGAGAUCACCAAAUAAAACUUGUUAAUGCACUGCAGACGCUGUGUGCAUUAGUCCGGGCUGUUUACCGAAAGAGAUUAGGGGACCAUGGGUUUGACGUCAUUAACAUUUUGAUUGGUUUUGAUGCUGCUGAAGCACAAAUGCAGGGAUUGUUAGAGAGUUUGCACACAUUUCUAGUAGGGGACUAUCCAGUGAGCUUAAAGAACCUAUCACUAAAGCUGGCCCUGAUACUUGUAACAGCAACAGACAAUGUCAGUCAGAAUACAAUAGUGGAGUACAUUAUGAUCAACAGCAUUUUUGAAGCAGUUAUCCAGGUCCUUGCUGAUCCAGUUGCCAGACAGCAACAUGGCUACGAGGCAAUGCUGCUCUUGACAGUGCUUGUUAAUUACAGGAAGUAUGAAGCUUCAAAUCCUUACAUUGGAAAACUGUCAAUCUUGGAUGAUGAGCUGGCUCUAAAUGGUUUUGGCUGUGUCAUAUCAGCUGCACUCACCGAUUACAACAGGAAGCAUGCAGCUAUGUUAGAACAGGCAUCUGGAGGAUUGAUCAGUUCCAUAACAAGCUUUGUUGGAAGCAUGUUUGUUGCUGAGACAGAGAGAUCUCAAUGUUUCAGUACCAAUGAAGCUGUUCUCCUGGCAUUAUAUGAAGCAGUCCAUCUUAACAGAAAUUUCUUCACUGUCCUUAGUCAUGUCACGACUGCUCCAGGGUCCAGUCCCCCUCCGUCACCUACCGCUGCCCCUCCUGUUGUUGAAAGGACUGCAACUGCUGCCGUUGUUGAAGAUUUUCCUCCAGAUUUGAGCCAACCCACCAAUUUACUUGUCACUCUUUUGACCUACUCUUCCAUUGCUGUACAGAAUACAAAAGACGACAAGGGUAUAAGCAAUGCCAAGCUGUGUCUGAUCAUUUUAACGUGCAUUGUUGAGGAUCAAUAUGCCAAUGUUUUCCUUCAUGAUGCAAACAUGACGUUCUCAGUUCCUUUACACAGAGUGCAAAUGUAUCACAGAGGCGCCGUUAUUGAAAAGAAUGCUCCCUCACGACCUCUUGCUUGCGCGUUACUUGAUCUUAUGGUGGAGUUUAUUGUAACUCACAUGAUGAAAACCUUACAAACCGACUUAUACAGUAAAACAUUUGGAAUUCUCCACCGUAUGCUUUGUUACCAGAAGAGGUGUCGGGUCAGGCUUUCUUAUUCCUGGAAGAACUUCUGGACGGCUCUAAUGAACUUCCUUAAAUUCCUUCUCUCCAAUGAAACUGUGCUCACAAAGACCUCUGAUAUCUUCUCCCUGGCCUCACAGGUGGUUAACAUCUUCAAUUUGUUUAUCACGUAUGGAGAUACAUUUCUACCUUCUCCCACAUCUUAUGAUGAGCUUUACUACGAAAUCAUACGCGUUCAUCAGAUUUUUGACAACCUCUAUUCAAUGGCAUUAAGACAUUCAACGAAUGGUGGCGACUGGAAAGAUCCUGCAUCCCGUCUUGCCAGCUCUUUAGUGAAUGUCAGAGCAAUCAUAAACCAUUUUACGCCGAAAAUCGAUUCAUGGGCAGCCGUCAAUCAUCUGACGUCACUCUCUUCGGAACAGGUGCUAAGCGUGAUUCGCAGUAAUUAUGACACGUUAACCCUAAAACUGCAAGAAAACUUAGAUCAUUAUGAGAAAUACUCAGAGAAGCCGAAGGAGGCGUCCUACUUUACUCAACUGGUCCGUUCGAUAGUGAUCGAUGUUCGGAGAACGAUUUCUGUUAGCAAUCUAGAGCAGUUUAGUUUGCUUCAAGAAUUUGCUUCAAUCCACUGAGAAGGCUCAAGGCAACGCAACCAUCUGUUCACAGUGAGCAGAGGAUUCGAGAAAUAAAACACGAUAACUAUUUCAAGAACAAUUGUGCACAAUUGAAUGGUGUUUAGUGUAAUAAUAAGUGGUGGUUAUGAGGUGGCUUGUAAAUGGCAACGAAAAAACAAGUCACAUUAGAAGGACAAAAUGAAAUUCCAAAACAAGGAACAGUUAUUUAGCCCUGUGCUUCUCAAGGAAGAUACUAACGUGUCGAGGUUAUUAUUUUAGUCUUUGUCGUUUUCCUCGACUAGAGGACAGUUUGUUGGAACAAAUAUUGUUUAGGGGUUUUAAUAACGUUUUUAACAGGAGGGCAACUGGUUUUCACAGGCGGGGAAAACUAUUUUAUCUGAACUUCGUGAUAAGAAAAAAACUUUCCGCUCGAUAGUCAAACCAGAUGAGUAAAGUCAUCCCCGCAGCUGGUCAAUAUGCCCGGUGCCCAGCCCUUGGAGCGGCUGAUUAGUUUCGAACACGUGUCAUUUAAGGGGGAAAAAGAUAAGCGCCACCGCGUUGCCUAGCUACCUAGCUAUAUUCUGAAGGAGUGUUCAAAUUAUCUCGUGACAAAUUAUUGUAGGGUAAAACAAUAGUGCAUAUGAAGACAAAAUAAAGGGAAUUGAAUGUCUUGUA